CGCCCCGCCCCGCCCCUCCCGCUGGCGGCGUCGGGACCCGCCGCCCCGGCAUGAAGGUGCUCCGGCACAAGAUCGAGCUGCUGACAGGACUGUUGCUGCAGGAGAUGACCAUGGCAGGGCUGCAUGAGCUGCGCUUCACCGAGGAGAAGCCGCUGCUACGGGGCCAGGAUGCUGAGCUGGAGAACUCAGAUGUCUUCCUCUCCACUGUGGACAUGGACUGGAAGGAACAUGACAUUGAGACCCCCUAUGGGCUGCUGCACGUGGUCAUCCGGGGCUCACCCAAGGGGAAUCGCCCAGCCAUCCUGACGUACCACGAUGUGGGCCUCAAUCACAAGCUUUGCUUCAACACCUUCUUCAACUAUGAGGACAUGCAGGAGAUCACGAAGCACUUUGUGGUGUGCCAUGUGGACGCGCCAGGCCAGCAGGCAGGAGCCUCACAGUUCCCUCAGGGGUACCAGUACCCAUCCAUGGAUCAGCUGGCUGCCAUGUUACCCAGUGUGGUGCAGCAUUUUGGGUUCAAGUAUGUGAUCGGCAUCGGUGUUGGGGCAGGAGCCUAUGUGCUGGCCAAAUUUGCGCUCAUCUUUCCCGACCUGGUCGAAGGACUGGUUCUCAUGAACAUUGACCCCAAUGGCAAAGGCUGGAUUGACUGGGCAGCUGCUAAGCUCUCUGGCCUCACCAGCACGCUGCCGGACACUGUCCUGUCCCACCUGUUCAGCCAGGAAGAGCUGGUGAACAACACGGAGCUCGUGCAGAGUUACAGGCAGCAGAUCGGCAGUGUGGUGAACCAGUUCAACCUCCAGCUCUUCCUCAACAUGUACAACAGCCGCAGGGACCUGGACAUCAACCGGCCUGGGACUGUGCCCAAUGCCAAGACGCUGCGGUGCCCUGUGAUGCUGGUGGUCGGAGACAAUGCGCCUGCUGAAGAGGGGGUGGUGGAGUGUAACUCCAAGCUGGAUCCCACCAACACCACCUUCCUGAAGAUGGCUGACUCCGGUGGGCUGCCCCAGGUCACACAGCCCGGCAAGCUGACUGAAGCCUUCAAGUACUUCCUGCAAGGCAUGGGCUACAUCGCCCACCUGAAGGAUCGGAGGCUGAGUGGAGGCACAGUGCCAUCCGCCAGCAUGACCCGCCUGGCUCGGUCCCGCACGGCCUCCCUCACCAGCGCCAGCUCGGUGGAUGGCACCCGCCCACGUGCCUGCACCCAUUCGGAGAGCACCGAGGCCAUGGGGCAGAUCAACCACACCAUGGAGGUAUCGUGCUGAAGUCUGUGCCUGCCACCGACAUCUCCUCCAGAGCCAUCACCCAUCUGUCAGCAUCCCGCCAGCACCCACCCGCCCCAUGGACAUCCUCCUCCAGGGCCUUCGCUCCUUUGGGGUCGAUUUGUCUUCUUUGCUGUUGGCCUCAUCCCCUUGUCUGGUACCGGAGAGGGGAGGGUUUUUGCUUCACUGCCUCCUGGCUCUGGCUCCUGGCUUUGCCCAGCAGGCACACAUGGUUCUGCACUGGUCCUCACCCUCCCUAGCAUUGGCUUGGCCCUGGCUUGGGAGGGUAGGUGGCAGUGGGACAGGGCCAGGAUGGGGGAGCAGGGGCAGGGUGGUCAGAUGGGGACUGGAUGUCAGGAUGGGGAAGGACAGCAGGCUGUGGGCAGUACAGCAGGACAUGGAGAGGACACAGAAGGUAGGUUGGUCCCCCAAGGUCAACUGACAGCUGGCCAAGCCAGAAGGAACACAGGGGCAGGGAGCAGCGCUCACUGGGAGGUGUCUGGGCCCUUCCUGGGGAUGCAGCUCCCAUCUCUCCCUGCCAGCCCUCCCUGGGGAGAGCUAACAUGGGGUCCCCCAGCACACCCAGGACCUGCUGCCCUGGAGCUGGCUGAGCAUUGUGAGAAAUCACCCCCCAAACUGUCCCCUUGCCCUGGUUGUGUACCCUGAGGGCUGCUCCAGGGCAGGAGAGGGCUCCACCAUGCUCCAGAAGCCAUUGGGGCAGGGGGGGUGGCAUGGGGGUACCCCUGCCUCUGCCCAUACUCUUGCCCUUGCCCGUGGUGGCACUUCCUUGGUCCCUUGUUGCAAGAAGGCUAAUCACCACCUUCUACCAAAAAAGCACUGUGGAGGAAGGGGGACUGCAUGCCCUGGCUUGCUUAGUUCCUGCCACGCUGGCAGUUCCACUCCCAGCUCUUGGGCUGAGGCUGCCAGGGCUGAGAGGCCACUGGUUUAUGGAUGUUGCAUGGCAAAGACCCUCUCCAGUUUUGCCACAGCCUGUGGGUGUCACCACAGUGGAGCCAUUAGCAAUAAGGUGAGACACUCCCCCCUCACAAUGCUGGGGAGCCCUCAGCACCCACUGCCCCGCAGGGUGCAUCACCGCAAGGUGCUGGCAGUGUGGGGUGAGCCAUGGGACAUGGAGAGCACCCCAGCGUCGGGCUUUGCCCACAGGCUGGCUUUCCCCACAGAACUGGCCAGAUUUGCCAUGGCUCCCCAAAUCCACCCCCCCACCCCCAGUAUCUCGCCUGCACACUGAGCAGGAUGUCUCUUAAGGGCUUGGCUCCCCCCAAGACAUGGGGCCCCAUCUGGCCACUGACUUUGGGUGGAUCCAGCCUCUUGCACUCAGCAGGGAGAGCUGUGUCAUCACGUAACCCACUGUUGGCCACCCAGCCUCUUCUGCAGUUCCUGGCCUACCCUGUGGGCAGCAGAGCCCAGCUUCUCCUGCACCUGGGGUGAGUGAGCCCCUAGCUCUUGUGAUGGGUGCUGAGGUCUUUGCAGGUAGUCCAUGAGGGACCAGUAGAGGAUCCACCAGGUACCACCAUCUGGGCAAACAGAACCAGCCUGCUGGGAGCAGGUCCCACCCAGCACCCCAAAAGCACUCAUCCCCCAGACUCUGUCUGCACUCCCCAGUGAGGGGCACAGGGGUCCUGGGGCUCCCAGUGGGUGACUGAGGGCUUUUGGCCCUGAGACCAAUGCCCUGCCCAGCCCCUCCCUUAUUGAAUGGCCACCAGGAAACACCGGUGUCCCCAUUUGUCCCCCACUUUGUCCUGUCAUGUGCUUCCUUCUUGGUGUGACUCUGAAAGCUAGGUAGCUCCUUUUUACUGUAGAUACCGCUGCGAUCUCUUGUUUUCUCAGCGUCUCCUUCCAGAUUAUAUAUAUAAAAAUACCUACACAUAAUAUAUAUAAGGGUUUGUCUGGUACCUGACCUUUUUGGGUUCAUUCCCCCUUGCAUUCUUGUCCUAGUGGUGCCAUGUGGUUCCACUGGAGGUGGUCUGGCUGUGCUUGCCUUUGGUUCCUCACCUUGGUUUUGAUGGUCAGUUUGAUUUUCCCUGGUGGUUUGUUCUUUUGAUUUUUGUUGAUUUUCCUUUUUUCCCAGUCACAGCAGAAUUUAAUGCAUUUUCCUGUCUGAGCGCAACCUGGUUUUGUCAUGGUGGAAUCAAGGCCGCAGAGCUUAUGAGACGGCAAUAUGUAAACUGGAUUUAACUAACCUGUUGCUGUAGGGAGGAUUUACUGUGUUGGGAAAAAACCAACAAACUAAUAAAGGCGUUAAGAACC